UUAAUCUUCAAUAAAAUAACAGCAGAAAUAAACAAAAACAAAAACUUUCUUGUACUACAACAGCAUCCCAAAAACAUUGAAGCAUUCCUCGUUUUAAGUACUGAUCAAAUUCUUCAUCUUCUCCUUCCAUUCCAUUCCCUUUACUUUCCUUUAAAAACACAAAUCUUUGAUAAAGGAAAGAUUAGUAUUUAUAUAUAGAGAGAAAAUGGGAAGUGCAGAAGAUGACCAUUUGCCUAAAAAACAAACACAUAAGAGUAUCAAUGAUCAAACCAAGUACAAGCUCAAAUUACUAGUCCUCAUUAUCCUAACCAAUCUUCUUACUAUUUACAUCUUCACUGGUCCUUCUCUCAACUUGCAUCCUAUUUUAAAGAACACUAUUAAUGAUUCUCCUUUCCCUUCAUUUGGUUCUACUUCUCUCUUGCAAGAGCUCAAUGCCACUAAGAAUGAACUCGAAACGAGUCGAUCCCAAAUCAUAGUGUUGCAUCUGCAGCUCAAGUCUACUAACCAACUUGUUACUGAACUUCUAGCUCAACUUAACCUCCUUAACCAGUCCAUAAACAGGACCGCGGAUUCCAGCUUGCUAAACUUCAAUGAUCUUCUUGAUGAUUUGUCAAAAGAAGCUAAGCUUGGUUUAGGCCCUCACAAGCUUCCACUCGGGCUCUCGCCAAGAUCAGGGAUAGAUGAGGUUUAUCCCUCUGUUGGAGGAGGUUGUCUGAUGUAUAAAGAAGAUUUAGCACAGUACAUGACAUAUAAUGUUGGAAAGGAGUGUCCUGUUGAUGAUGUUUUCGCGCAAAGGCUAAUGCUCAAGGGCUGUGAGCCACUUCCAAUAAGGCGCUGCCAUCCUAAAGCGCCUGCUGGUUAUGUCGAACCAAUUCCAUUGCCAAAAAGUCUGUGGUCUACACCACCAGAUACAAGUAUUAUUUGGGAUCCAUAUACUUGUAAAAACUACAGUUGUUUGAUAGAAAGAAGGAAGUUUCCAGGAUUCUAUGAUUGUAAAGACUGCUUUGACUUACAAUUUAGAGAGAAAACAAGGUGGCAAUUUGACAAUGGAGGUCUUGAUUUUGGGAUGGAUCAGGUUAUGGCAACAAGACGUCAGGGCACAAUCCGCAUUGGACUUGAUAUAGGAGGAGGCGUGGGUACAUUUGCUGCUAGGAUGAAGGAAAGGAAUGUAACCAUUGUCACCACUUCCAUGAAUUUGGAUGGUCCAUUCAACAGCUUCAUUGCAUCCAGGGGCUUGAUAUCGAUGCACGUUGGUGUCUCCCAAAGGCUUCCUUUUUUCCAGAAUACUCUGGAUAUCGUGCACUCUAUGCAUAUUUUGAGCAACUGGAUCCCGGAUACCAUGCUUGAGUUAAUUAUGUAUGACAUAUACAGAGUUCUGAGACCAGGAGGACUGUUCUGGUUGGAUCACUUCUUCUGCCUGGGAACACAGUUGAAUGCAACUUAUGUUCCUAUGCUGGAGCGCGUUGGAUUCAAGAAACUGAGGUGGAAUGCUGGCAUGAAGCUCGAUCGAGGGAUUGAUAAAAAUGAGUGGUAUUUCUCCGCUUUGUUAGAGAAACCAAUGUCCUAAAGUACUUAGUUGUUGAACCUUUAGAUAGUUCGUAAACUGAUGGCAAGUUUAAUUCCACGGACUCUAGUACAAGUUACCAACCUUGUCUGGUUAGUUUCCCCUUUUUUCUCAUUUUUGUAGUGCAACUGAAAGAAUACAAGAUGAUAGAAUCAUCGGAACAAUUGAAAGAGGAAUUUUAUUAUCUA